AUGAGGUCCUAUACUCCUAUGUCCCUCUUCAAAGUUUACAGUGGCACCGAGGACCCAAGUUCAACUGGGAAUUCAGAACUCUCAGAUUGGCAAAAUAUUCAAGGCAUUCAUCUGAUCUCCUCGCUUACGGACCCCAAUGACGCUUCUGUGCUCCAGACCUUGAAAGUGUCCUGGAAAAACACGCCACCAAGCUGGGAUAAGUCAUCUGAUCCCUGUGGUUUUCCAUGGGAAGGAGUUCAGUGCACUGGUGCUAGGGUGACUUCAUUGAGAUUAUCAUCCAUGGGCCUCAAAGGGGAACUCAGUAGCUACAUAGAGGGACUCACUGAACUAAACUCCUUGGACCUGUCAUUCAAUCCUGGACUCGAUGGUUCUCUUCCUCCACAAUUAGGAGAUCUCCAAAAGUUGAAUAUCCUGAUCCUAGCUGGCUGCAGCUUCGUUGGCCCCAUUCCAGAGGAGUUGGGAAAUCUUGAGCAGCUAACGUUCUUGGCUCUGAAUACAAAUUACUUAACUGGUAAAAUACCCCCCUCUUUGGGCAAGCUCUCCAAACUCUACUGGCUUGACGUGGCAGAGAACCGAUUGAGCGGACCUCUACCAAUUUCGACCUCUACUUCUCCAGGCUUGGACCUCUUGUUAAACGCUAAACAUUUGCAUUUGAACAAGAACCUGCUUUCAGGUUCCAUCCCACUCAAUCUUUUCAGCUCCGAAAUGAUAUUGAUACACGCGUUACUUGAUGGAAACAAUUUUUCUGGGAGUAUUCCAAUGACAGUAGGACUUGUUAAAACUCUUGAAGUGGUUCGGCUUGAUAACAAUACUCUGUCUGGGAGUGUCCCCUCAAACCUUAACAACCUUACAAAUGUCAAUGAACUAAAUUUGGCCAACAACAAUUUGGCAGGCCCCUUGCCUGACUUGACCGGAAUGAAUUCUCUCAUUUAUGUGGUUAUGGAGUAUGGAUCACUUCAAGGGCCUGUGCCAGAAAAGCUUUUCAGCCUUUCAGAAUUACAGCAAGUGAAACUGAAAAACAAUGCCCUUAAUGGUACAUUAAACAUGGGAGAUAGCAUCAGUCUACAACUAGAGCUCGUUGAUCUCCAGAACAAUCAGAUUUCCCAGAUCGUUGUGGAAGAAGAGUUCAAAGAUGAAUUGAUACUUAAAGGGAACCCGAUAUGCUCCGGUGGUUUAUCAAAUAGUACUUGGUGCAAGUAA